AUGACCCAGACUGGUGAUGACCCAGACUCUAAUGUGGUUUCAUGGAAUGUUGCUCUGUCCUACACACCUCAAUAUUAUACGCAAGUCACAAAUGAAAAGCAUGCAGACGAGAAACCCAUUAACGCUAUCAUUAUAAAUUCAGUAUCCGAAUUCAAUAUCACAGAUGGACCAGCCAAGGAAACCCCCAGUGAGAAAAAACUGUCAGAAUCCAGCACAUCACUGUCCUCCCUUGAAGAAUGCCAAACGAAAUGUUCCUACCUCCAAACUGAUACUUCAGUUCAUCAGAGAGACACUGAUGAGGAGUGUGCCUCCCUUAUCCUCACCUGUCUGUUUUGCCAGUUUUGGGACUGUCUCCUGAUGCUCCCCGAUACGUGCGAAACGGUGUGUAUCAACACAUGCUGCCCCUCUCACAGGUAUCACCACACCUCGGAUGAAAGCCACUCUCGCAAUGAUCGCAACUGCAACUGUGACAUGGACUGCAGCCUUUUUGAAUCUUGCCACGAGACCAGCGAGUGUCUGGAGCUGGCCAUGGAGAUUUCAGAAAUCUGUUACCGCUAGCACAAUGAAGUCACCCACAUUCCAGCAGACCCCUUGGCCCCACGCAGAAAUUCCAUGACAGUAAGACCGAUUUCUAUGUGCCGAAAUGUAAGGACUGUACGUGUUUCUUGGAUGCUAUGGACCAUUUUGUUCUGCACCUGUCUGGCAAAGUAGUACCGUCAACUCUAUGGUCUUAUUCCAAAUUUCGUAACUGCAUGGCUCGCUGAAAAAUAAGAUCUUGAUCACAUGUGAUGAACAAAUCUUAAAUACCUCUUAAAUGCCAUAGGUACAAGGUGUUCCAUGACUGUAAAAAAGCAUGCUGAACCACUCUGUGUUAUUGCAUUCAUUGGCUUGCAUCAUGGAUCCAACUUCAUUCACAAAUUCAGGACAAAUUAGUGCAUUCUUUUAGAAUUGACAUACAUUAGCUCGUCUUUGUAAUGGACUCAUGCAUAAACAUUAUGCAUUGUUGGUUAUUAUUAAUAAUGUAUUGUAUAACAUCAUUUUGUAAUUAAAAAUUUAUUUAUACAGUCUCUUAAAAUUCACUUAUAUGUACAGUUUAGGUAGGAAAGGGAAUUAAAUGAAUUAGAAACCAUGUUCCUGUAAUUACAACAGAUGUCUCUAAGACAUCUCCAGUGAAUUUUGAAUAUGAUGUACUUCGAGAGAGUACUAUAAUUCUAGACCAUAUUAUUAUACGUCUAUGACUAUGUCAUAACAGGUUAUGCAUGUUCUUAAUUUGUUACAGAAACUCUCUUUAUUCCAAUGAGCAUAAAUGGGAAUUAUAUGCAAGUUUCAAGAAAUGACCCUAGAUAAUCAAUUCUUCAUUUUCCUCAUUUCUGUUUGUCAGGUACAAUAAGCAAUAGGAUAUUACAACAGAAUCAGUUCAUUUUACUAAACUAUCACUUAUAUAGGAACCAAAAAAAAAAUACAUGUCUAGGUACUUGCUCAGCACCGAGUUUCCUAAUAAAGCAUGUGCUUCAGAAGUCCUAUUUUUUUCCUUUCUGAUAAUUAAAGUAAUUCAUAAUUACACUGAGCACCUCCUCAUACAUACAAAAAAAUAUUUUAAAGAUGUGGUACAAACUUGGAAAGGGAUUUUGAACUCAAACAAAUUAAAACAAACCAUUUUGGAGGAAAACACAUCUAGGUUGAAGUUCUUUUAGAAUAUUCUUUCCUUUUAGUAGGCAUAGUAUUGCUCAUUAAUACUAUUAUUAAUACAAAUUAACAUGUGUUUAUAUAUUCCCAUGGAGAUGCCUUAAUAUAUCCAUUGAAUAUUAAAAAAACACCCUAUAUAUAUAUAGAUAUAUAGAUAUAUCUAUAUAUAUAACAAAAAAAAACCACAAAAGUGAAAUAAAGAGUAGAGGGAACUUUACACAAUCUAGUCAAACCACAAAAAAAUUCCAAAGUAUUUGCUUUUGGCCACCUUAGGUAAUUUCAGGCAAAAGCAACAUUUGUUUUGUUUCUAUAGUAAACUAGCACAUUUUUCUACUCUGCAAUAAAUUCCUCCAAACAUUGAAAACUAUUAAUCUUUAAAAACUGUGUUUAAGCUGCCUACAGAAAGAUAUCAAACUGUUCCUGUCUUGCUCUUGACAGCACAGUGCAUCCAGGGUCAAUAUGACCUCGUUCCUGUUUGACAAUCACCUUAUCCACAAACCACAGAGCAUGACAGUGCCCUACACUGUCUAGGAAACCCUUCCUUCUCUCUACUUUUCAGAAGUUCGAGGACAACUCUAUACUCUAUGCAUAGAACCUGCAGAUCGUUAGUGAGGAAAAGAAGUCGAUUCUUAGAACAGGAAGAGAACAUAGGACUGUUCCAAUCCAAUAUUCUCCUUCUCCAUAAGAGAAAAUGGAGGCCCAACUUAUCCAAGACCACACAGUGAGUUACUGGAAGUGUUAAGAACUCUAACUGGUGGUCUAAUUUUCUAACUACGCCGCACCACUUGUUGGUUCUGCACUUGUGAGCCCAGCUGGUACACAGUGGUACAACUGUUCCAAUGGUUCAAAUAUUAAAAUACUACCAGACUGACUCAUAAACAGUUGUUACCUUGUACCUCCUGAAUGUUUCCUCUAUGCCCCCCAGGCACCCUGGCCCCUCUCUAAGCACCCAUCCUACCUGCCCAUGGUCAGUCACUAAAAGACAACUGGCACUGCAGGAUCUCUGGAACCCUGUCCCAAUAAGAUGGUAGCUGGUGUCAUUGAUUAGGCCAUGUCAUAUUACUGUUAAAUAUUUUGACCAUCACCACUUUCUUCCUAGCCUACAUACCCUUAAAUAAUGCAAGAUUAUGCAUUUCAAAUAUGAAUCAAAUGCUUGUCAAUUAGAGACAUAAAAAUUGCCAGGUCUGAUUUUAUA